GCAUCCCUAUUCGGAUUCUGAUCCCAAUUUAGAUCCCCGCCGCAACCCAACCUAACACAACCUACCUAACCCAACUAUAUUGGAACAGCCCGACCCAUCCCGGCACCGCGUGGCGCGAUGCACGUCCAAAGCCUUGUUUCCAACGCUCUCCUCGUGGCCUCCACUCCGUCCAGAGCGGAGCUCUGGAGGAGAUCGAAUACCGGCUUUUCCGCUGGCGCGGCCCUUCCGAUCCGUCGACCGCCCCACGGCGGCGUCGAAGGACGCCUCACCUUGUCUCAGUCAGGCGGCUGGCGCGUCCAUGCCACCGCCGCGAGGAGAUUCCUGGGGAUCGAUUCCAACGGGAACGGAGGAUUAAGGGCAGAGAAAUUUUUUGAAGUUGAGCUCAAAGUCCGAGACUAUGAACUUGAUCAAUAUGGUGUUGUUAACAAUGCCAUAUAUGCAAGCUAUUGCCAACAUGGUCGUCAUGAAUUACUUGAAAGAGUUGGCAUUAGUGCAGAUGCAAUUGCCCGCACUGGUGAAUCACUAGCCCUGUCAGAACUACACCUAAAAUACAUUGCACCUUUAAAAAUUCUUAUUGGUGUGAUGUCACAAAUGCUGGUGAGGAGUAAACGGUUGGUGAGUCCAAGAAAAGGAAGAAACCACUGGAUUGAGAGAAGCAACUGAAUUUGAGAUCCUUAAGUUCUAGGGAUACUGAAAGUUUCCGUUUGUCAGAUUUUAAUGUCCAGAAACUCUAGUGAUUGUAUGAUCGGUGGCUUUUCCUGGUCUCACAAACUCCUCCCUCACUCUCUCCGUCUCAUCACCCCAUUCCUCCAUGCAUAAGCACCAUCCGGUGGAUGCUUGAAACGUGCAUCCGAACAGGGCCUUGUGCCUAUAGGGAUGCUGAAUCAGCCUCUAGUUAAUAUAUUUUUGAUGCACAUGAGUCUUUGAAUAGACAAAUAGAAUGAUGAAAGUAGUAGGAGGAACUAAUAAAGGACAUUGCUCUUCCAUUCGGAGUUUCUUGGGAUACUAAAAGCCAUCUGUAAUGGUAAUAUUUGAUACUACAAAAUUUUUCGGAUUCGGGAUCUAGGGACUCCUAUGACAUGAUCCCUCCAUUUUCAGAAUCUCAUUCAUUUUUAGAUGUCAUCACACCUGAAAUGAGUUGAGAGAUACCAUUGUAGAUGAGCUAGUCUACUAUUCAAAUUAGGGCUGUUUAGAUGCCGAGUAUGAUAUGGGAUGGGUUGAAGAGUGAAUUUGUGAGAACAGACGAAGGCAGGAAUGGAGGCUGGCCAUGUCAUGCAUCCUGAAUUUUUUAGGACACUGGAUGCUUCCUUUCUAAAAUAAUUUUUGAUAUCCCAAAAUUUAGUAAUUGGGACAUCCAUGAAAUCCUCCAAUGCCUCAUAUAUCUCUCUUCAUUAGUCUUCUCUGGUUGGCAAUCACUACUUCUUUGGGAGAUGUCAUGUGGAUAAAAGAUCCAAGUGUCCAACCGGAAGCGUUGAUGUCAUAUCUAUCCCUAUGCUGAGGUUUCACAUCUUUAUUAGACUCAGCUGGAAUUUUGUUUUUUGAUUUCUUGCAU